GUUCGUUGACGUCAACACGGGUUGCCGUCUUCAGUUGCUUGAAAGCGAAUAGGUCUCUCGCUCUUCAGUAUUUAUUAAAGAAAAUAAGCAAACUAUCAACACUUUGCCAACCGCCAAUAACAUUUAAGAAGAAGAAGAACUAUCAACGCUAAAAGUUGGUUCAUAUACCGUAAGAACAUUCUUUAACAAACGAAUGAAAUAAUAGCUAUAUAAUAACUCCAGAAGAUGGCGGAAACGAAUCAAUGAGCCAGCCAGGUACGAGGGAAAGCGUCGAAGAAGGAGGAACGCACUGCGCAUGUGUAAACGAGUGUAGUUUUAUUUAUUUCAAAGCAUGGCUCUCGUUCCAUAUGUAGAAAACCCGUUGCCCGCGCUUUCCAAACUCCACAAUUCAUCAGCACAGUUUAGGUUUGCCAACCGCGACCUCCGACUCGCUCAGGACUGGAAAAAGCUCGGUGUGGCGGCAGUUGUGUGGGAUGCGGCGGUGGUCAUGUGUAUGUACUUGGAGCUGGGAAAAGUGGAGCUAAAGGGGAAGAAAGCAAUUGAAUUGGGAGCUGGCACUGGUCUGGUGGGCAUUGUAGCAGCUCUGCUGGGUGCCAGAGUGACCAUCACUGACAGAGAGCCUGCGCUGGACUUCCUCUCCACCAACGUGAAAGCAAACCUGCCCCCAGAUUCCCAACAAUCAGUGGUGGUCUCCGAGUUGACCUGGGGCGAGGGCCUCGAGCAAUACCCAGCCGGAGGGUUUGAUGUGGUUCUGGGUGCAGAUAUCGUUUACCUGGAAGACACGUUUUUGCCUCUGCUGGAAACACUGGAGCACCUGAGCUCAGACACCACUGUGGUGUUACUGGCCUGCAAGCUCCGCUAUGAGCGAGACACAAACUUCCUAGGCAUGCUUAAGCGGCGCUUCACCGUCGAAGAAGUCCACUACGACAAACAAAGAGACAUACACCUAUACAAGGCUUGCAAACUGACACAGAGGAGAGACUUGUGAACAUUUGUUUGUUUUAAUAUAUGAAAUAAAAUGUUUUAAAAUCAGAUUACCAGAAACACAUUUAUUUAUUAACAGCUGCCAAAAGUGUCAUAUCUGAAUAGCUCUAACGUAAUGCACUGUAUUAUUAUACAAGUUGUUGCUGACAUUUAGAAAUAGUGAAUACAAAAAAAAAAAAAAUGAGAAGCAACAUAAAAAGCAUACUAUAUCAUGACUAUACAUAAUACCUAAAGAAUACAAUAUGGCAUCCCAUUAUCACAAAAAUAUUUUUUCUUUCAGAAUGCACCAACACCACCUGAUCUUAUAGUCAUUUCACAAAGUGGGUGCAGUUGAGUUGUAUCUGGUGAGCUUUGAUGCUCCAUUUA